AUGAGCGUCAACGAUGCAGGCUUCAAAGCCGCCCUCGAAGAAGCCAAGAUCGGUGCCAGCGAAGGUGGUAUACCCAUCGGAGCGUGUCUCGUAGACAAAGACGGCAAGAUCCUUGGUCGAGGCCACAAUAUGCGCAUUCAAAAAAGCAGCGCGAUUCUCCAUGGCGAAACAUCCGCUCUAGAGAAUGCAGGCCGUCUCCCAGCCUCUGCCUACAAAGGCUCCACCAUGUACACCACCCUGUCGCCCUGCGACAUGUGCACAGGAGCCUGUAUCCUGUACAAAGUAUCCCGCCUCGUCAUGGGGGAGAACAAAACUUUUGUGGGUGGCGAAGAGCACCUGCGCCGAAACGGGAUCGAGGUCGUGAAUCUGGAGAGCAAGGAGUGCGAGGAGCUGAUGGCGAAGUUCAUUCGUGAGCAUCCUGAGGAUUGGGACGAGGAUGUUGGUGUCGGCAAAUGA